AUAUCUAAAUUUGAUACUGCUUCAAGAUAUAUGCUGUGUUCAAAGCAAUGUUGUGUUUUCUUUAAACAAAUGUUUUCUUUAAACAUGUGUUUCCUUACAAACAAAUUAGGAUAAGUGAAAAAAGAAACAAUUUAUUAAAUAUUGAAAUAUAUAUUUAUAUACAAAAUAUCCUUCCUCGCAAACUCUAAAAUAUAACUCAUUCUUGAGACGUUUUUUUUUCCCUAAGAAAAAUAUCAAAUGUCAAAAGAUCUUGGUAAGAAAUUAUUUACUUCUUGAUACCGUAUACCAAUUUUUGCAUACAAAUUCGUGCUAUUGAUUUCUCGACUGAGUGAUAAUGGAAACCCGCUAUGAGAAAUUUCUUAUUUACAUUUACGUACAACGUCAGAUAAUAAUUUUAAUUCGUUUCAAAAUUAUUCCAGUUGUAGGAAUUAAUGGAUUUGGAAGAAUAGGGAGAAUGUGUUUACGUGCCUGUAUCGAAAAGGAUAUCACGGUCAAGUUGGUCAAUGAUCCGUAUAUUUCGACCGACUAUAUGAUAUAUCUGUUCAAAUUUGACUCCACUCACGGACCGUAUCCUUUGAAAUUAGAAUGCGAGAAUGGGCAUAUUAUUAUCGGAGAGAACAAAAUAGCCACAUCCCAGGAAAAGAAUCCGUGUAAAAUAAAUUGGAGAGGCGCGGGUGUGACGUACGUGAUCGAAUCGACCGGACUUUUCACCACGUUAGAAAAAGCAAGCUUGCACAUGGAUGGCGGUGGGAAGAGGGUGAUUAUCACCGCCCCUUCUAUAGACGCGCCGAUGAUAGUUUACGGGGUGAAUCAUGCUUGCUACGAUCCGAAGAGGGGUAAAAUAGUGUCGGCCGCGUCUUGCACGACGAAUUGCGCGGCGCCGAUCAUACGAUUAAUGCACGAUAAAUUCGAAGUUAUUGAAGUAAUGAUAAGCAGCGUUCACGCUUUAACGUCGAUGCAACGGACAUUGGACGGGCCUUUGGAACGAGGGAAAUUGUGGAGAGAUGGUAGAGGGGCUCUUCAAAAUAUCAUACCAACAUCAUCGGGAGCUGCUAAAUCAUUGGAUAAAAUUAUCCCUGAACUUAAAGGAAAAAUAUCCGCGAUAGCAUUUAGAGUACCAAUCCCAAAUGUUUCCUUAUGCGAUAUGACUUUUAGGGUUAAUAAACCGACUACUUACGAGGAGAUAAAAGAAGCAAUGAAAACAGCAUCAGAAAACGAUUUGAAAGGUAUAUUGGGUUAUACAGAUGAUGAUUGUGUAUCAUCCGAUUUCAACAGGACAACUUAUUCGUGUAUCUUCGAUGCUAAAGCUGGCAUUCCUCAGACAAGUACAUUUAUCAAAGUUAUUGCGUGGUAUGAUAACGAAUAUGGUUAUGCGCAUCGUGUAAUGGAUUUAAUAUUAUACAUGUACCAAGUUGAUUCUGGUAAUAUAACAGUACCAGUAGCACAAGAGGUAGAAGAAACUGAAGAUUAAUUAUUUUGUUCAGUACUAAGGAUAUAUUAUAAAACUACAUUUUAUGUAAAGUAAUAUGUCUAUUCUAUCUAUGUUUUCAAUUAGAUAAUUUAAAUAUGAUUUAUUAUAUUAAAAUUUCAUUUAUUUAAUUUUGUUUUAUGUAUGUAUAUGUACUUUU